CUCUGAAGACAAUUGUAAAUUUGUUGGGGAAAAGGAAACUGCUCCAGACAAAGAAAAGAGAAAAAAAAAAUACAAUCAACUGAAAGACAUCAGGCGCACAGAACUUAAAAGAUACUAUAGUACUGAUGGCAAUCAAAACAAAACCAAUGAAAAGAAAGAGAAGAAGAUGGUUUCUCAGAAGCCCCAUGGUACCAUAGAAUAUACUGCUGGAAAUCAGGACACCAUAAACAGCAUAGCAUUAAAGUUUAACAUCACCCCAAACAAGCUUGUGGAACUCAAUAAGCUUUUCACACAUACAAUUGUUCCAGGCCAGAUUCUCUUUGUACCAGAAACAAGUGUUGCCAGGCUGCCUUCUUUCAGUCCUGGUGCUCCCAUUUCUCCUUCAUCAUCAGAUGCUGAAUAUGAUAAACUCCCUGAUGCUGAUUUGGCAAGAAAGGCCUUCAAACCAGUUGAGAGAGUCUUGUCUUCUACUUCAGAAGAGGAUGAGCCUGUGGUUGUCAAAUUUUUAAAAAUGAAUUGUCGUUACUUCACAGAUGGUAAGGGUGUAGUUGGAGGAGUCAUGAUAGUAACUCCAAACAACAUCAUGUUUGAUCCGCAUAAAUCUGAUCCUCUGGUAAUUGAGAACGGCUGUGAAGAAUAUGGGCUAAUCUGCCCCAUGGAGGAGGUUGUCUCUAUAGCUCUCUACAAUGACAUCUCUCACAUGAAAAUUAAAGAUGCAUUGCCAUCUGACAUACCAAAGGAUCUUUGUCCUCUGUACAGGCCAGGAGAAUGGGAAGACCUUUCCUCUGAGAAAGAUAUCAAUCCUUUCAGCAAAUUCAAGUCCCUUAGCAAGGAGAAGAGGCAACAGAAUGGUGAUUCACCCAAUGUUCCAGGUGCCAAACAGAUAAAUCCUUCAGAUAAAGAAAAGUCUGUUGAUUUUGAAGUUCUUCAGUCAUCUGAGAGUAUGGGCUCAAUUAAAUCAAAGUCACUGGAGUUUUAUAAUAAUAUCACUGCCACUGAACAUUUGGAAAAGUUUGCUGCACAUCCACGUGUCAAGGAGCCUUCUGAAGAAAAAAAUGUUUCAGACAUCAGAACCAAAGAGGACUCCUUUUCAGGAGGAGGAGGGGAUGAUUUCAUUGAUCUGGAAAAGGUGCCAUCUCCUGUGGAUAGAGGGUUGGACAGGAAAAUCUCAUUAAUGGAAGGCUUGUUGGCUGACCCCAGGGAAUUGGGGAGAACGAAGCAGCAGGUAACCAAACCCACUACAGAAGUCCAGGAGCACUUCACAGUUGAUUCCUUGGAAAAAAAGGACAGUGUUGACCCUAAAGCUGAUUUAGACUUAGAGCUAUGUGAAAAACAAGAUGUUAUUCCAGAAGUAAACAAAUGUGUCAGUUCCCCAACAGAUAUGCUUCCUUCAAAAGAGGAGAAGAGCAAGACUCCUCCAAUGUUUCUGUGCAUUAAAGUAGGCAAACCCAUGAGAAAGUCUUUUGUGUCUCAGAGCACCACCGUGUCUCAACAGUACAGUAAAAAGAUAAAGCAACCAGAGUACUGGUUUGCUGUUCCCCGGGAAAGGGUGGAUCACUUGUACACGUUUUUUGUUCAGUGGUCACCAGAAAUAUAUGGGAAAGAUGCCAAAGAGCAAGGUUUUGUUGUGGUAGAAAAGGAGGAGCUUGACAUGAUAGACAACUUCUUCAGUGAGCCCACUACUAAAAGCUGGGAGAUCAUUACUGUAGAAGAAGCAAAACGGCGGAAGAGUGUUUGCAGUUACUAUGGAGAAGAAGACGAUGAUGAUGCUUUACCUGUCUUAAAGCAUCACAGUGCACUUCUGGAAAAUAUGCACAUAGAGCAGCUUGCCCGGCGUUUGCCUGCAAGAGUGCAGGGCUACCCGUGGCAGCUCGCAUAUAGCACUCUGGAGCACGGGACUAGCCUGAAGACUCUGUACCGCAAAUCGGCAUCUCUGGACAGUCCAGUUCUCCUUGUCAUCAAGGAUAUGGACAACGAGAUUUUUGGAGCAUAUGCUACACAUCCCUUCAGGUUUAGUGACCAUUACUAUGGCACUGGUGAAACAUUCCUCUACACGUUCAGUCCAAAUUUCAAGGUAUUCAAAUGGAGUGGGGAGAAUACCUACUUCAUCAACGGAGACAUGACCUCUCUGGAGCUUGGAGGUGGAGGUGGACGAUUCGGCUUAUGGUUAGAUGCAGACCUGUAUCAUGGACGAAGCAACUCCUGCAGCACCUUCAAUAAUGACAUCUUAUCUAAGAAAGAAGAUUUCAUAAUACAGGAUGUAGAAGUAUGGACAUUUGAAUGAAGUACUUACUGACUGCCUUAAGGACAGGAUCCAUUAGGCACUCAAAAGCUAAAUAAAAGGUGCAGGCUGCCUCACAAUGUUACACGCUUUUUUUUUCCCUCAAGUCAUACCAGAGCAUGACUACGCAAAAAAUAACCAAGGAAAAAACAGCUGGUUUUCAGAGGCAGAAGGAGGUGGAACAAUACAAGAUCAGUCAGAUUUUUUUUUACUCCUUUCUUCUAUGCUCCUCCAUUGAAGAUAUGAUGCUUAUGAAAACAUCGAUGGUGUAUAAAUUGAAAACUUUUUCUGUAACUGUGGAAAAAAAAAAAUUUCUGUGGGAAAACUAUAUCUGUCUUGUACAUUCCAUAUAUAUUUAUGUUCAGUGUACAAAUGCUAACCAAAAAUAAAAAGUUACUUCACCAAAACCUACAGCAUACUGUUUGCCAUGGAAAAGAAUCAUAAGUAGGUGUACACAGCACUUAAGGGAACAUGUUUUUAAAUACUUUUUAUUUAUUGUUACUGUAUAGCAGACUUUUUUGUAAAUGCAUUAGCUGAGGUUUUUUUCUUUUUAAUAUUUCGGAUCUUAAUUUGGUAAAUAAUUACUAUUUAGGUAGGUUUCUUAUGCAUCGGCAUUGAUUUUGAAUCAAUUUAUUUGAUUUCUGAAGUUAAUUUUUAUUUUAUUUGUAAAUGAGGUUUGGUUUUCAUUUAACUCAGAUGAGAGGGUUUAUUUUCUGGCAGAAACACUUGAGUGCAUAAUUCUGGUUUUCUCUGAGAUGAGAGAAAAGGUGGUUAGCACUUCUCAUUAACAGGAAUGUAAGCAGAGUUAAUAGAUUAUUAUUUUGGCAGUGUGUGGAGACACUGGGCAGAAUGCCACCUGGUGUAGGCUGUAUGAGUGCUGGUGCAGUCAGCAGAAUUGGGACAGCAUACUCUGAGCAUCUGUCCUAGUGCUAUUUGACUGUUUACAAGGGGUGUUUCUAAGAGAUGAUUGUUUCCUGUAUCAUCACCAAAUUAUUCAAAAUAAAUCACCCACUGUGCUUUUUCUGAGCAUUUCUUUACAUAUUGAAUAACUGCUUUGUUAAGGGAAACACAGUCUGAAGAUUUGGAGAACAAUGCUGUUUCUUUAACAGGCUGGGCCAUAUUAGUGUAGUAUUUGUUUUCUUAGCAGUUAAUAUUAUUUCCUUCCUUAUGACUUGAAGCAACAGGCUGGAUUAGGAUUUGAUUGACAAAUAAAUACUCUUCCUUGUUUUGUGUUUUUUUUUUCAUGAAAUAGUCAAUCAGAUAAUUUUCCUAUCAACAUUUAAAAUACCACAUUACAAUAUUCGGCUAAAUUCUAACCAGAUCACUGCCAUGAAAAUGUCAGCAAGUAGAAAAAGUGUGACAGAAGACCACCAGUCUUGCUGUUUUCUGAAGAAUUUUGCUUUCCAGUUAAGCUAUGGUUUUGUUCACACAAUCACCGUCCUGCCAUUAGUACUGAAUGUGGGAUUGUCCCAAGAAAGACAGGUUUUAGAAAUGGUGGUGUGUUUCCAUGCAUUAAACAGUAUAGUCUAGUUUUGAAAUAUUAGUGAGUAAUACAACUCAAUUUAGUUACUGCUCUUCCCAUUUUUAAUAUAUUCAUAAUAAAACAAGAAGCCAAUUUUUUUUUUUCAAAAGCAUUAAUAAAUCUUAA